AUGUCGUCUUUUUCAAGGGUUAUCAGACACAUACUUGUUGGCUUGUGUUUUUGGGCUAAUUUAAUAUAUGUAUUGCACAUCAUUUCUUCUGGCAAGCAAGAUGAUGGAUCAAACACCGAUUACAGAUUGUUAUAUUUCAAAAUCAAGAGCUCGCUAUCAAACGUAAACCCUGAUGGAAACGGAUUGUACUGGUGUUUUGGUCAAGACCGGCUAUUGAGAAGCCAUCUUGCUCUGGGAGUUAAGCAUGCUUACUGCCUUAACUUUGACAAAAUUGACUCAAACGCAGUUUUACAUGUCGCCCUUCUACUUAUCUCGGGCGAUGUUGCAACAAAUCCUGGCCCGACCCAAACAACAUCUGCAGAUAUUAGUUUUCAAUCUUGUUCUAAUCAAAACAUUGGUCAGAUUUGGCAAGGGAAAAAUCUGUCUGUGUUAUAUGCUAAUGCACGUAGCAUUGUAAACACAACAGACAAACUGUGUCUGGAAAUCCAUAGCGGGCAGUUCGAUAUUGUCGUAUUAACUGAAACACAUCUGGACAAUACCAUAGUCGAUUCAGAAAUUUUCCCACCGAAUUUUAUAGUAUUUAGACGUGAUCGUCAGCACCUUGGUCGUCACGGUGGCGGAGUCUUAAUAGCGACUAAAAACACGCUUAAAGUCCAUCACAGAGACGAUAUCACAUGUAUAGCAGAGUUACUGUUUGUAGAUAUUUUACUUCAUAGAAACAAGAAAUUGACAAUUGGUGUUUUCUAUAGACCGCCAAAUAGAGAAUGGCAGCCUUUGGAAGAAUUAAACCAAAUUCUUAGUGAAAUUUCUAGGUCUGAUAUAAUACUUUUAGGAGACUUUAACAUAAGCGAUAUCAACUGGAACAAUAUAAGUCCCCAGAGUGAUUCUUUAUUGGAAAAUCUUCUGAUAGAUAUUGUUCAUGAACAUUUUUUCAGUCAAUUAGUAAAUGAACCGACAAGAGGGUCAAACAUUCUUGACCUUGUCUUAACAACAUCAACCGACCAUAUACAAGACGUUCAGGUGGGCGAACCUUUUUCAGAUCACAACUUAAUCACUUUUAAAAUUAGUUGUAAGCCGUACGAGAAUAGACAAUCCCGCAAACAAUAUUAUUCUUAUAAGAAAGCAGACUGGGACAGCUUAAGAAACCUUCUUUUAUAUGCCCCAUGGGAACUUUCUCUGGCCGACAAUAAUACGAACGUUUGUUGGCAAACAUGGAAAGAUCUCUUUCUAGCGGCCGUGGACGAUUGCAUACCAAAAGCCAAUGUAGCGAAAAAUAAACAAAAUGCGCCUUGGAUAACUCGGGAACUAAUUUCACUAUGUAGGAAAAAGAAGGCUGCGUAUAAAAAAGCGAGAAAGUCCGGAAAAAAUCGUGACUGGCUAUAUUAUAAAAAAUUAAACUCGAUGGUUAAACGAAAGUGCAACUUAGCUCGACAGUCGUACGUAGAUGAUUUGAUAGAAGAACUAAAAGUGAAUAACGCCAAACCCUUUUGGAAAUAUGUAAAUUCGAAGCGCAAAGGUACUAACAAUUUAGUAUUAUUAAAAGUGGCUGAUAGAGAAAUUACUAACGACAUGGAAAUUGCUGAAAGUAUGAACACUUACUUCUCUUCUGUGUUUACAGACGAAACUUAUGACAACUUUCCCACCGUAAACCGUAUAUUAAAUGAGGAGUUGACGGAUGUUCAAUGCACAAUUGAAGAAGUCGAAAGACACUUAAAAACGUUAAAUGUUUGUAAAUCCUCUGGACCGGACAAUAUCCCACCGCAAAUAUUAAAAGAAUGCGCCUCUCAACUAGCACCAUCAUUAGCGAACCUGUUUAAUAAAUCCUUUUCCUCGGGUAUGCUCCCCCAAGACUGGAAACUAGCUAAUAUUGCUCCAAUUCACAAAAAGAAUUCGAAAUGCAAGAGAGAAAACUACCGACAAAUCUCACUAACAUCUAUUAUAUCUAAGAUAGCAGAAAAGAUUGUUCGGGAUAGAUCAGUUGAAUUUUGGCUCAGUCGGAAAGUAUUUAAUGAAAAUCAAUUUGGAUAUCUCAAGAACAAGUCUACUUUAUCCCAAUUAUUGUUAUGCUACAACGACUGGGCAAAGACUAGAAACGAUACAAAAGCAACCGAUGUUGUUUUUAUGGACUUCAGUAAAGCGUUUGACAGCGUGCCACACGAACGUCUGCUGUAUAAGUUGGAACAGCACGGUAUUGGAGGGGCUUUACUGAAAUGGUUUAGAAACUUUCUUACAAAUCGUCAACAACGAGUAGUAGUUCGGGGAUCGUAUUCGAAAUGGACCAAUGUAACAUCAGGGGUACCACAGGGAACAAUUUUAGGACCUAUUUUGUUUUUAAUUUAUAUUAACGAUCUCCCGAAUGAAAUUGUAAGUCACGUCAAGCUGUUUGCAGAUGAUACAAAAGUGUAA